CCUUUCUCACCUCUUGCCCAACAAUCCUUUCACCUACCUCGUGGUACCCUUUCCUAAACCAUUUAUUUGUCUUAUAGUUUUCUAUCAUAUUAAUUUUAUAUAUCUAUAUAUUCGCCAUUCUGGAGGCGAAAGUCACUACCAGUCUGGGUAUAUUCUGCUAUUCAUUAUGGACUUUCUCCCUCAAGGAUUUCUGAGAUAAAGACCUUCCAAAAACUAUUGUUCUUUUAUUAAAAAAACAAAAAAAUAACACAGUUUGCGAGGAAUUAGUUUAUAGCUAUAAUAAUAAUCCAGACCAAUUAAAUGGGUUGCAAAAGUAUCCUUAGAUUCUUAUUAACUGCUGCAGGUCGAAAUCUCAAAGUUUAGAUCUAACAUGGAAGUGAAACAUUCGUUUUAAAACAAGAGUUUUUUAAUUUGAGAUUAUAUGGUUUCAUGCUAUACAGUAUUUACUAACUAAAACUUUAUUCAAAAAAUUAUUGUGUAACUAAUUAUAGUAGGAUUUGUUUAAAAUUAGUGCUGCAGUUAUGUCCCAGUUAUUAUCAAUCCUACGGUCAUUGCUUGGUUAGUUUUCCUUGUGCAUGUUGGAGUGACUUCUGAACCUAUUUGAGUACCAUCGACUUGUUUCUAGUAAUGAUAAUAUUAUUUUAACCUGUUUUGGGAUCGACCAACUUUAUUUUAAAUGACCGUAUCGUCAACAUUCAUGACGCCAUAUGACUUUGAGCGUGUAUGUACGAGUGUGUAUGGUUUUCAGGUCGUGACUCGCGGAGCUCCUCGUUCAGUGAUUGUUUUUUAGUUUACAUUUGAAUUCUGCGUUUACGAUAUCAUCCACAUUAGUGAUUUAUGGUUGCAGUCUUGUCCGAGACGCAGUGACUAAGGAAAGUAGCUAUAAAGUAUGCAAUAAAAAUGAGCGUCUAGUGGAACAACUAUGAGAAAUAAUGUUCCUAGACUAUGAUCAAUCUGAAACUUUGAUGUGCUGAAGUCUUUUUACAAAGAAGUGCUUCCAUGGUAAUCGUAUUUUGUAUUCAAUUAAUUGAGUACCUGGUAUUUCAGACAAAGCAAUUAAUAAAUAAUUUGUGGUAUGUUUUAAAAUUUGAUACUUCGCCGAAGUUCGAUAUACAUAUCUACACACUCCUCCAAACUUACGAGGAACUCGUAUUCCAGCUUCGGAAGUUGAACGGGGCGAAGUAAAGUCGUAUGAAGUGUGUCUAUAGACAUAGUACAUUACUAUGGUCUCUACAUUAUCCUAUUCACCUAACCAUCUUAGAGUAUGUUCUGUGCACCUAUUUCGAUCAACUAACGAGUAGUGAAGUGGGUGCUGUAAUAACGAGGCCAAGCUAAGUGCUGUGGAAAACGUAGAAGAUAAAAUUCUUUUAUAAUUAUUUACAUUUUUACUAUUGCUCAAAUAUUAAAUUUAAUAAGUAGUAUUUAAAUGGAAGAAUUGGAGCCUUCUGAAUUAGGCUCUCAAGAUUACUGGGAAGGACGUUACGCUCAAGAAAUAAGGAAUUUCUCGAGUCAUGGUGAUCCGGGUGAAAUAUGGUUUGGUGAAGAUAUUGUAGAUAGAGUUAUUCGUUGGAUAAACAACUGGAACUUGAUAGAAAAAAAUAAAAAAAUUGUUGAUGUGGGUUGUGGGAAUGGAAUGUUCUUAAUUGAACUAGCAAACGAGGGAUAUACUAAUUUAACUGGAGUUGAUUAUUCUGAGAAUGCUAUUAAACUUGCAACAGAAAUAGCUCAGAAACAAAAUUUGAAUAUAAGUUAUUAUACAUGUGACAUUCUACAAGGGCUACCAGAAAAUUAUGACAUAAUACACGAUAAGGGAACUUAUGAUGCUAUUAGUUUAAGUGAAAAUGCAAAAGAAAGUAGAGCAAAAUAUUCUGAAAGUGUGUAUAACAGCCUUGAUGGUGAUGGAGUUUUUAUUUUAACUUCUUGUAACUGGACCCAAGAUGAAUUAGAUAACUAUUUUAAUGAAAAGUUUGACAGACUAGCCAUUAUACCUACACCUCAAUUCAAAUUUGGAGGAAAAGUUGGAAAUGUAGUUACAUCUUGUGUCUAUAAAAAGAAAAGUUAAUAAAAUACUAUUCAAAUUCGAAAUAAUUUGAUUUAUACAUUCGUUCAAUCUAUUAACUUAUGAAAUAUGAUCAAUAGUCCUACCCUAUUUGGAAUCCUUGAUAAUAUGUUUGAAAUGAGGGUUGUAGUUUUGAUUAUCUUAUUUUAUAUGUACUUUUAUAGAGAUCCUAUCUUGUCAUAUAUAAAAGAAAGGUCUUUAUGCGGUUUUCAUUAAUAAAUAGAGUUAUUCAGGAGGCAGGUAUAGGUUUCAUAAAAAUUGAUUGAAAUAUGACAGUAAUUGUUGCAUUUAUGUAUAAAUUACAGAUAUACCUAAAUUCAUCAAGUUAUAUAUAUUUGUUGAUAAGAUAUGUAAUCAUCAAAUAAUAUACAUUCUACAUAAAUAUCCAGUAUAUACUAGCAAUAUUUACAAAUUUAUUUGUUGUACAUUCAUAUAUUUACUGUAGAUAUACAUGAAUGCAUAAAAAAUUAUGUAUAUUUUAUUUUGUUGUUUAUUUGCAUGUCCAGUAUGUACUAUAUAUACUAAAAAUAUAGGACUUACAGCACAACUUUUGCAUAUUGGGAUUGCUAACACAUGUUAUAUCUUGUGUUAUCUGGACGGGAAUAAACUUUCACAAUAACUCUUUAUUUUCGUAAAAAAUAUAUCUUAAGAACGACAAAACACCUAGGUUCAUGAAACCUUAUAAAAAGUUGACCUAUUUACAACUAAACAAUGUGGUAAAAUCUAGGAUAUUCCUUUUAAAAAAUUAUACAUUUGAUUUGUGAAACACCUUUUAGGACAUCCUGUAUGCCUAGACAUUUAAAUGGCAGCUGCAAUUGAUAUUGAUAUGAAAAAUUUUUUUUGAGAAUGUCACAGUUUCAGAGACCAUAUAAAUACAGGAGACUCAUAUUGCAUAAAAAUUUUGAAAUUAGUUUUUUUGUUGUUCAAUACAUUCAUGUUGAAAUGAAAAAGAAGGUUGCCAUUGUAAAUGAAACUACUCAUUGGUUUAUAUAUAAACUUUUAUUGGGUAUAAGAAUUUUUAUGGCUGAUAAAUGCCUUCGGUAUACACUAUAAAAACUAUUUUCUUUCCUAAUUAUUUUUAAAUUGCAAAGUUUAAAGAUAUUCUUCCAAAUUGAAUAGAAUUUAGGAAAACAAAUAUUAUUACACACAGAUAUUUAUUAUAUUCAAUCACCAUUUUAUUCAAUGAUUAUUAAAUAGAUGCAAAUAUUGCAGUGUUCAUGAUUAUUGAAUUACAUGUUGAUCUUAUUUAUUUAUUAACAGAUGCCUUGACAUUGUAUGUACCUACAUGAAGAAUAUUAGUUCAAGAUAAGAUGUCCGUUACUUCAUUUUAAUUUUAUGUUACCAUCCAUUGUUCCUCAGAUUAUUUAUAAUAAAAAUCUGAAUUAGG